AUGCCCGAUCCUUUUCAGGUCGCGCUUGAUAACUCUCCAGUGCCUGUUGGUAAGCCGGCGCGCCUUCUUCUCCAGCCCAUGAUACAACUCGUCGAACCCAUCACCCAUCCUCCUGACUUUCGCCACAACUUCCGGCUCCAAGCUCCCUUCUUCCUUUUCCAUUCAAGCGAAUACCGGUUCCAGCCUGUCGGCUGUGGCGGCAAACAUCUCGUUGUACUCGGAUGUGCGCAACAGAAUCUUUGUGCACUGGAAGUGAAUGUCGGGAAGCGGCUUGGGUGGUUCAUAUUCGUAGGAGGGUCCCGCCUACAUAUCAAUGCGAUCGAUAAGGGGGGGAGCAGGGUUGGAGAUACGAUCGAGCAACUGUUGCUUCUUGAAGAGAUGCGCGCGAAGUGCGAGCUUCUCGAUGUCGUGUUUCGCUUUUUCAGCGCGUUCAGGGUUGAAGGGGCGGCGAAUGAGUGGUUUGAUGGUGGGGCGUACGAUUCAGCGAGGUUUGCCAACGUCGUCGAACUUCUGGCUCUUUUCAGAGCGAAAAAAAGGGUAGGGAGGGGGGAAUACAGAUCUCAGUCGGGUUUCCACACCCACUGCAAGUGGUUUUGGGAGAAUCUUACACUCUCCCUAAGGCUGCGCAUGCUGGUUAUCCGUCGGACCGGCGAAAAGCUCAGCAUGUUGACACCAAUUGUUCAACCCUGA